CUAUCUCACAAAAAAUCGUUACUGUAUAUUAAAAAGUCAGUCGAAAAUAUCCAAAAAUCUUUUGAGGUUUCAAUGGCGUCGACGACGAGCUCAGUCACCGCUCAGAUUUCUAAUCUUCAAUGGAAGAAGCCUUUCCUUUCUUCACUGCAUCCCGGUAACCUAAGUUUAUCGGGAAAUUUAGCUAGCAAGGAAGUCUAUUCAUGGUCUUGUCUGCAGACACCUGGGCGUAACAUUAGAUCUCUCCGCGUGAAUGGUCUCUUUGGAGGGAAGAAGGACAAUAGCGAUAAGAGUGAGGAUACGCCUUCAAAGGCAGGAAUUCUUGGAAAUAUGCAGAAUCUUUAUGAGACAGUGAAAAAGGCACAAAUGGUUGUCCAAGUCGAGGCUGUGCGGGUGCAGAAAGAACUGGCUGCAGCGGAGUUUGAUGGUUAUUGUGAAGGUGAACUAAUUAAGGUAACAUUAUCUGGCAAUCAGCAGCCAGUACGCACAGAGAUCACUGAGGCUGCUAUGGAAUUAGGUCCAGAGAAACUUUCACUAUUAGUCACUGAGGCAUACAAAGAUGCACACCAGAAGAGUGUUCAGGCCAUGAAAGAAAGAAUGAGUGAUCUUGCACAGAGCUUAGGAAUGCCACAAGGCUUAAGUGAGGGAUUAAAGUAAAGAGUGUUUCUUACUUUUGUAUCUGAGCUGAGUUUCAAAUUUUGUAUACAGACCAGGCUGAAGUGAUAAUUUCUACAGUGAUUGUGACGUUUACAUUCAGUUUCAUGUUGUACUGGCAUAAAUUUUGUAAAGUAGAACUAUUUGGAACUUGUCUUUUCUUUGUAGCCAAAAAGUUUUAGAUGUUGCACUGAUCAAUUGAACUGUGCAGUACAACUUUGAACCCA